AUCCCUCCCCCGGUAGUAUGUCGUUUUGUUUGACAGUCGCUGAGUUAUACAGGAAGUGGGAAGCAAAAUAUAAUUUAUUUUACAGUUUUUCGGGGUUUUGCUGAAUAUGAGAAGAUGGCUUCAGUGGAGUUAGAGUUCUGUCAGGGCUCUGAAGACGAAAGUGAUCCAAGAGACAAACCUGUUCUCAUUUUAGGUCAACGAGGACAUCUACAGAAACUGAUCUGGAAACAAGUGAGGGGAAAACUGCAGCCCAGGGUGAACGAAGAGACAUGGAAAACCGCCCUGAACACCCUGAGACCAAACCCAACAGAUACUUGCCCUCUGUGGCUGAACUUAGCUACUGUGGCUGCCCUCCCCUCUAAAGUGAGCCGUCAUAACACCCCUUCCUCCGCCCACUUCAUCACGCGCCUGGUUCGGAACUGCCUCCCUGGGAGAGCCAAUCAGUACAUUAUGGUUGUUUGUGAGAGGUCAGCAGUGUUUGCUUCAGCAUGUGCAAUUGCCCGAGCCUUUCCUCUCUUCUCUCGUCAAUCAGGCCUGUCUAAACACAGUGAGAGACAGACUGUUGCAGUGGAGUUCAUCUUACUGGAACCCAGCAAUGGGCCACUCACCACGUCAACUCUGAAAUGCUUAUCAAAUGCAGCUGAAAGCAUCAGAAUGGCGGCCCGCAUAGUGGACACACCGUGCAGUGAGAUGAACACGGAUGACUUUCUGCAGGAGAUCAAGACAGUUGGUUCAGAGUUAGGUGUGGUUCCAACUAUAAUCCGUGGGGAGGAGCUCGAGAAGAAAGGGUUUGGAGGUAUCUAUGGUGUUGGAAAAGCUGCAGUAAACCCACCUGCCCUUGCUGUUCUGAGCCAUAAACCAGAGGGCGCUACACAGACCAUAGCCUGGAUUGGAAAGGGGAUUGUUUAUGACACAGGUGGCUUAAGCAUUAAAGGAAAGACUCUUAUGCCGGGAAUGAAGAGAGAUUGUGGAGGAGCUGCUGCAGUUCUUGGUGCCUUCAGAGCAGCUGUUAAACAGGGUUUCAAGGAAAAUCUACAUGCUAUUUUCUGUCUGGCUGAAAAUGCAGUUGGUCCCAACGCAACCAGACCCGAUGACAUUCAUCGUUUAUAUUCAGGGAAGACUGUGGAGAUUAAUAACACAGAUGCUGAGGGUCGUUUGGUUUUGGCAGAUGGAGCUGUGUAUGCCAGCAAAGACCUUAAAGCUGACAUCAUCCUGGAUAUUGCCACACUCACUGGAGCCCAGGGAAUAGCAACAGGAAAAUAUCAUGCAGGGCUGCUGACUAAUAGUGAGAACUGGGAGAAGGCAUGUGUGAAAGCAGGCAGGAACAGCGGUGAUCUCGUCCAGCCCCUCAUCUACGCACCAGAGCUGCACUUCAAUGAGUUUUCAUCUGCCAUGGCUGACAUGAAGAAUUUUGUGAGUGAUAGAAAUAAUGCUCAGUGUUCCUGUGCUGGCUUGUUUGUAGCUGCGCACAUGGGAUUUGACUGGUCUGGAGUAUGGAUACAUGUGGAUAUGGCUUUUCCAGCUUACAGUGGAGAGAGAGCCACAGGUUAUGGAGUAGCCUUACUCUUGGCACUGUUUGGACGUGCAACAGAUGAUCCGAUGCUGCAACUUGUCUCCCCCCUGGGUUCUGAUGUAGACUUGAAAUUGGAGGAUGGUGAGCUGACAGCAAAAGCACUCAAAAGGAGGAGACUGGUGUAGCCCCAAGGAGGACUGAACCACUUGUCAUGCGCCAACGUGCAAUCCUUCGAGUGACAAGAAACUGUUGCAUAAAAGAAAUAUGUACGCAUUCAAAUGAAAUCUUUUUCAGCGGUCAGAUGAUUUCCAUUGAUGUCAUCUACUUCUAUUUUAAUUUACAUUAUUUUAAUGGUCUAGUCAGGAAAUGCACGGCAUGCUUCAGGUAUUUGCAAAAGCCAUAACACUUCAUUUUUUUAGCUUUGCAAUCUAUUAUUAUUAUUAUUAUUAUUAUUAUUAUUAUUAUUA